AUGAAUACCACCACAGCAUCAACACCUUCCCUGCCCAUUAACCAGUCAGACUGUCAGGAGGUGAAGGUCCCCGUCUCUCUGUUCUUCACAAUCGGUGUGGUGAGCCUGGCGGAGAAUCUCCUGGUUUUGGUGGCCGUCAUAUGCAACAGGAACCUCCACUCACCCAUGUACUGCUUCAUCUGCAGUUUGGCAGCCUUCAACACCAUUGCCAGCCUCAGCAAGACCUGGGAAAACCUAAUGCUAGUAUUUAUCGAUGUGGGACACCUGGACCAGAAGGGCUCCUCAGAGAAGAGGAUGGAUGACUUGAUGGAUUCCCUGCUCUGCAUGUCAUUCAUUGGCUCCAUCUUUAGUUUCCUUGCCAUCGCUGCAGACCGUUAUAUCACCAUCUUCCAUGCACUGCGCUACCACAGCAUCAUGACUAUGCGACGCACAGCGGCCAUCUUGGGCAUCAUCUGGGCCACUUGCGGGGUGUCAGCCGUGCUCAUGGUGAGGUUCUUCGACUUCACAUUCAUCAUGAUCUGCUUCAUCGUCCUCUUCCUUGUCUCCUUAGCCCUCAUCGGCUCCCUCUACAUGUACAUGUUCAUGCUGGCACGCAUGCACGCCAGGAAGAUCACCGCUCUCCAAGGCAGUGGCAGCGAUGGCCGUCACCAGCAGGGCGGCAGGAAUAUGAGAGGGGUCCUGACUCUCACCAUCCUCUUUGGGGCGUUUAUGGUAUGCUGGGCACCAUUCGCCUUUCACCUCAUCAUUAUCAUGACAUGCACAACAAACCCGUACUGCGAGUGUUAUCGGUCGCUGUUCCAGCUUCACGUGGUGCUAUUGAUGAGCCAUGCCCUCAUUGACCCUGCCAUCUACGCCUACCGCAGUGCAGAGCUGAGACACACUUUUAGGAAGAUGCUUGCUUGUUCAGACUGGAGACAGUGCUGCAUGUAA